ACAGGAUCGUAACACUUUUGAGCCUCACAACGGGAACUGUAUGCUGUAGAGAAUCCUAACCAAAGAUCGCGCGACAACCAACCUCAUUAUCCCUCGCUGUACACGUGGUAACCUUCCUAUCUCGCCACUGACGACCGCCUCCCUCGCAUAGCACCCGACAAGAAACACGCGAACACCCGGAUGUCGCUCCCACGGUAACCAUGGCCGUCCUGUCGAAACCUCUUUCGACGCGCCUCUCGAGCGCAAACGUCAAAUCAAUCGUCAACGACCUCACCACCCUCUACCUGCAGCACCGAACCCGCAUCUCGCGCGCCGUCUACCUCACCCUCUUUGUCGCCCUCAUAAACCGCAUUCGCAAUGCCAUUGCCGAGCAAAAGGCCGCUUCCAUACGGCGCGCACAGCACAAGAAGUCAGGUACAGCGCAGGGUGAAGGCGAGGCAACAGGUCGCAAGAAAGUCGAGCUCAAUCGCGAGUUCUUCAAGAAUCUAUUGCGGCUGCUGAGGAUAUGUAUACCGGGCUGGAAGAGCAAGGAAUUCCGGUUGAUAAUUGGGCAUAGUGUGUUCCUGGUGCUUCGGACGAUGAUUAGCUUGUACGUUGCCGAGUUGGAUGGGCGCUUGGUUAGUGCACUUGUGAGAGGACGCGGGAGGGAGUUUCUCGUCGGGCUGGUGUGGUGGAUGGGAGUGGCUGUUCCGGCUACGUUUACGAAUUCAAUGCUCUCAUACCACCAGUGCAAGCUUUCCCUCCAAUACCGUACCCGCCUCACCAACUACAUCCACAGCAAGUACCUCUCGCAAAUGACCUUCUAUACUCUCUCCGCCCUCGACGACCGUAUAACAAACGCCGAUCAACUCAUAACAGUCGACGUAGCCAAAUUCUCAAACUCGCUUGCAGAACUCUACUCCAACCUCGCUAAACCCGUCCUCGACAUCAUAAUCUACAACUACAGCCUUUCGCGAAGCGUUGGCGGUGAGGGGCUCUUCUUCAUGUCGCUCCUGGUGCAGGUGUCAGCGAGUGUAAUGAGGGCGUUAACACCGCCGUUCGGGAAAUAUGUCGCAGAUGAGGCGCGUUUGGAGGGAGAGUUUAGGGCUAGCCAUAGUCGAUUGAUUGACUGGAGUGAGGAGGUCGCGCUGUAUGCGGGGCACGAGGCGGAAAAGGAUACUCUGGACAAGGGGUAUUUCACACUCAUCAAGCAUGUCAACAGGAUAUUGCGGCGGCGAUUCUACCAUGGUAUCAUGGAAGACUUUGUUAUCAAGUAUUUCUGGGGCGCGCUAGGGUUGCUACUGUGCAGCGUGCCGGUGUUCUUCAAGGUGCCGGGAACGCAUGGGAAGAGUAUGGGGGAUCGCACGGAAAGCUUUGUAACCAACCGCCGCAUGCUCCUAAUGUCGUCCGAUGCCUUCGGCCGCGUCAUGUUCUCCUACAAAGAAAUCACCGAACUUGCCGGCUACACGUCGCGCGUCUCCACCCUCCUGGACGUAAUCGACGACAUUCAAGCCGGCCACUUCGAAAAGAAACUCGUCUCUUCCGCCGAUACGGAGGAAAACGCGGCUGUACUGCGCGGGCGCGGCACGGUUACUGAGGGUACAGAUAUAGAGUUCGUUGACGUACCUAUCGUCUCGCCCAACGGCGACGUCUUAGUCCGCGCCCUGUCCUUCACCGUUAAGCCCGGCGACCACCUACUCAUCGUUGGCCCGAACGGCUGCGGCAAGUCCAGCCUCUUCCGGAUAUUAGGGGGUUUGUGGCCAGUCUACGGCGGCAAAGUGCGCAAACCGCCUUUCGAGGAUAUCUUCUACAUCCCACAGCGUCCCUAUCUCUCCCGCGGCUCACUGCGCCAGCAAAUCAUCUACCCGGAUUCCCUGCUCGACAUGCGGCAAAAGGGUACCACAGACAACGACCUACUCCACAUCCUCGAGACGCUUGAAAUCGCUUCCUUGAUUGAUCGCCCCGGUGGCUUCGAUGCCGAACAACCCUGGGAAGAUGUCUUGUCCGGCGGCUUGCAGCAGCGCGUUGCCAUGGCGCGCUUGUUCUAUCAUAAACCGAGAUACGCGAUUCUGGACGAGUGCACGAGCUCUGUCACGCUGGAAAUCGAGAGGGUGAUGUAUGAGGAAGCGAAGGCACUGGGCAUCACUCUUAUGACGGUCAGUCAUAGGAGGAGUUUGUGGAAGUAUCACACGAGAAUACUCCAGUUUGAUGGCCAGGGGGGGUUUUAUUUCGGGGUAUUGGAUGCGGAAAGGAGGGCCGUUCUAGAAGAUGAGAAAGAAGACAUUGAGCUACAGCUCCGUGCUGUACCAGACAUUGAGCAGCGCAUCGCUGAGUUGACGUCUUCGUAGUUGGUCGGGGACUUUGCUUUGCUUGUGGCGGAAAGGUGUGGAGUGUGAGUUUUGCGCGCCUUGUACGACUACUUCUUCAGGUUAUUUUCUGGGGAUUGUUGCAUCCAUCAGUCGUUUGAAUGGGUAGAUAUGAUACACGAGUAGAUGUGUAGAUGUCUUCACGAAAUUUACACGUCUCAUUUUUCUCCCUGCACAAGCACUCAGAUAUGCAAUACUCAAGACCGCCCAAAGAGGCCUUAGUAUAC